ACUAGGACUUGAGCUAGAAAAAGAUGAUGAUGAUGUGAUGAGUGUCACUUCUAUAACAGAGUAGUUUAUAGCACGCAUGGUGCAUGGAGUAGCAUGGAGUGCAUGGAGCGCAGAGCUUUAAGGGGCGCAAGAAGCUCCCCCUUUAGCUCCAUGCUACUCCAUGUGAUCCAUGCACUCCAUGCCAUGCGAGCUGUGAAACCUUAUAAAUUGCUCUGCUAUAAUUCGCAAAUGAAAGAGGGAGGACGAAAGGGCAAGGGGAAGAAUUUCCAUGCCGGUGGCCGCGAGGACACGGUGACCUCAACAUGAUAUUAAAGCAGAGUUCUCCUUCUCCACCUACAACUAGUACAAUUACCCGUCUAAAAAUAUUAUGUUGAACUCUUCUAAACCAUCUAUAACCUAGUAACUAAAUGAACUGUUGAAUCAUGCAUCCAGGGAGAUAUUGUUAUAUCAAGAGGUCUGCCCCCCCCGCCCAACGACAUGAAGGAACGUUGAAGUAGAUGCUGCAUAGUCAACUUGUACAUAUUGACGGAUCGCUGUAUAGUACAUUCUUUUGAUGAAAUAUCAGAAAUUAAAAGAUUUUUUUCUUCGUGAGGGUGAGGGGGCAGCCAAGUCAAAAUCAGUUGAAAGUGAGCAUAAAACGUACAAAACUAUUCAUUGUCCUCGAAAUUUUCGUUACUAGCAAAUGAGACAAAAUAUAAUAGUAGAUUGAUAUUGUCCUGUUGAUGUUUAGCUUGUUACAAUUCUGCACUAGCUCCUGCGGGGAGGCGGCCGCUUAAUUGCUUGGGGGUCGAGCAAUAAAGGAUGGAGAUCUCAAUUCGUUAAUCUCCGUCUCAAGGAACAAAGCGGAACCAGGUGCCCACACUUCGUGUAACAUACUAUUUGAUUGAUAUUCUCGGUGGAGUCCGUGUUAGUGAUAGAGGAGCAGACACUCACAAGAAUUCCAAAAAAUGAACCAACCAUUCUGAAAUUGUUGCGCAGUCGUCUAAGCAUCUUAGAAUGUCCGUUCCACUCGUACAAAGAUGACUUUUUUGUCGCCGUCUUAGUUUAUUUUUACCAUUAUGUUACUACUUACAUCAACGACUAUGUUUCGAUUGUUUUUGAAUAAAGCGGAGCGAAGUUGCCAAUGACACAAGUACCAGCAAUUCAUUCAUCACAAAUUCCUGUUGUAUUCUUUCCGCAACCACCCACAGGAU